AAUUAUUUCAUGACUUAAAAUUAUUAUUUUAGGCAAAUUCAAGCAAGUAAAUUAUUAUCGGACAAUCAUUAUCUUAAUAAAUAUCCAAGACUAUAUGAUUCAACAUUUACAGGGGUGGCUCAGGAACAUUUGAAAACUAUAACUUCGACAGAGAUUAUGGCGGAGAUUUCAGGUACCUCUAAGUUGACCUUCCUACAGCGCCUGCGCGGGUUAGGAUCUAGUUCUUCCUCAUGACAGUUUUCAACUACCUCAUCUUAAUCUUACAUAUAUUUAUUAAAAGAAAAGUUUGCUAAAUAUUCAAUAUUUAAAGGGAAGGAUUUCAAAUUAUUCAUAAAGUUGUUAAAAUUAUCAUCAUUGAUUGGAAAGAUAAACAAAUUAUCCAUUAUUUAUGGAAAAAGUACGCAAAUUAUUCAUCAAUUAAAAAAAACUUUAAAAAAUUAUCUAAGUUUAAGAAAAAGUACGCAAACUCUACUGAAUUCUCGUUGUUCUAUUUGUGAAUUUCAGAUUGUGCAAUGAUAAUGUUAAAGUCCUGUUUGUCCGGGGGAAUCCUGGGAAAUCUAUCAUACUCGAGAUACAGUUUUCUACUGAGAGAACAGCCUGGCCUUUUCAGAACAUUCUUCGGUCCGAGUAAGCGACCGAAGCGCCCUCAGACCACUGCGGAGAAAAAUAAAACGACACUUCUCUACCUAAGUUCAGCAGUGAUCGCAACUGUGGGAGCUAGUUAUGCAGCUGUUCCUUUAUACAGGGUGUUUUGCCAGUCCACUGGUUAUGGUGGUACCGUUGUAGAGGGUCAUGAUGCUGAGAAGGUUGUGUGUAUGCAGAAACAAGAGAAUAGAUUACUUACAAUUAAAUUCAACGCUGACACUGCAGCACAGAUGCGCUGGAACUUUAGACCUCAACAGUCAGUUGUUCAUGUGCACCCAGGGGAAACAGCAUUAGCCUUCUAUACUGCUAAAAAUCCAACAGAAAAACCUAUUGAUGGAGUAUCUACGUACAACGUUGUUCCUUUCGAGGCUGGUCAGUACUUUAACAAAAUUCAAUGUUUUUGUUUCGAGGAGCAGAGACUUAAUCCAGGAGAAGAGGUGGAUAUGCCGGUUUUCUUCUAUAUUGAUCCUGACUAUGUAAAUGAUCCUUUCCUGCAGAACUCGAACGAGAUCACCCUUUCUUAUACAUUCUUCGAGUCCAAACCCGGGAUGAAACUUCCCACCUUCAAUCCUGGUGUCAGGAAAUAAUCUUCAAGGAAAACGCGUGAAUUAAAAUUUUGAAGAAAUGCGCGAGAAUAUGGCGGAGAUACUGAUUCGCGGCAUUUGUCAACAUAUGCACUCUCCUCGUGAAUUUGCAACAUGCAGAAGUAUACACAACAAUCUUGAAAUAAAAAAAAUGAUGUCAAAAAUAAACUCCUUAGUUUACGUGUACGUUUACAUUUUAAUGAAACAUACAAAUUAUAUAUUCAGAA